CCCUUGUCGCAUACCGUCUUGCGUUCUGGACCACUUACUGCCUUUCGCAUCUCUCGAGAAGUCCUGCCCAAGAUGUCAGAAUCCCUUGCACAGGUUGGCCAGCGCCGCCUUACCCUGUUUGAGCAGAUCAAUCGCAUCGAACUCGACGGAGAUGAGGCCAUCUUCAAUCUUAUGGAGGAGCUGAAAGCAGAUGAAGUCGAGGCUGCUGGUUUCAGAUGGCAUGCCUACAGCACUCAGAAGGACCAAGAUCGGACUUUGGAGCUCUAUAAAAAGUUUCUGAGGCUUCAGAAGAUCCUACCAAACGAAAACGACGAAACACUUUCUGAGAAGGAUCAAGAUCUUAUCAUGUUCCCGACUGAGAAAAGGACACUGCAUACAAAUGCUCGUUAUUUCGUCAUUUUCGUUGCCAGAUUUGCACCUGGUCUCCGAGGCAGAAUGACAUAUUCCCGACUCGCGAGGUAUCGCCUCGACUUCAUAUUCUGGACGAACCGCAUUCAUGACAAGUACGGCUUAGAGCGCCCGUCGAAGAGCAUGCUGUACAAUCAAAUCACUGAAGCUAUGCGUUUUGCAUCCAAGAAAUAUCAGCUGAGCGCUGGCGGCAUUCGCACCCGUUCUGGAAUCGGUCUCAAUGAGCUUCGCCAACUCAUAGAUUUGGAUAUGACAACAACACCCAGUAUGGACAACGCAGAGGGUCAUCAUCUAGCCUGGCUUCUGGGAAGGGUCUGCUGCGUUCGACCAGGAAGCAUAGGGUGGUCUCACAGAGAAUAUGAGAAGACUGGACAAUACCUAACUUGGGGUGACGUCCGCAUCACUCGGACUGAGGAAAAGGGGCGAUUUGUUGCUGAAAUAUGCUUCCGCACUCUGAAAACCAAUUUCGACGAUCCUGAGCGUGGGCGCAACAAACCGAACCCGCUGCAGGAGCUGAAAACAACGAUCGUCAGCCCGAGUUCGUUGGACGCAUUGGUGUUCUCGAUCCCACAUCGCCUUCUGACCAUGGCGAUUCGACGAGGACUACUCGUCGGCAUUAAUACCAUUGAUGAGCUUUUCAACGGCACCAAUUAUGAGAUUCUGAUUAAACCAGAAGCUAGACCCCUCCCCGUGGUUUUAUCAGCGGCCCCCCGAGGGCUGGGAGUGGUCGAAAAGCCCAUCAGUGCACUCGCACUGACCGGAUACCUUCGCACCAGAGGAGAGAGACUCGGGUAUCCCGAGACCAUUAACUUCAUGUCGAUACGCCGACGUUCAGCAACGGACUUGACACGAUUGAUUGGCAGAGAUGCGACACGAACUUUAAUGAACCACGACCCAGAUUCUCGGAUUCUCGAAAAGUGGUAUUUGGACUUUACUCCAACAACCGAUUUGAUGAAUUUGGCCUUGGGGAACACCAAUGAUCUUGGCCAGGAAUCUAUGGAUCUUCUGAAGAGAGCAAACCCUCUGGCUAUUGGAGCCAUUUCACAUGAUCCAGCAGCUUUGGCAAAACUGCAUGGGCCCGCGCUUAAUGCCCUGGUGUCAAAGAUUAUGGCUUCAGCGCCAAUGCCAGACCAGCCCCGUCGCCAACAUGAGCAGACGUUGUUCAGAAGACGUGUUCAAUACGCUGCCAAGAAGAUCCUUCUGAGCGAGCAAGUACAAAAACAACGAGAGACACUGAAGUUGCAAGAAUACCAAGAACGCGUUCAGGCUAUUGGUAAAUCAUCAUUUAUGGAAGAGAUUCUGAAACUAACUCGCAAAGCGUUGGAGGAGGCUCCCGACGACAUUGAUAUUGACGAUGACGCAGUUGAUCAAGAAACGGGCAUGUUUGUGGAAGAUGUCCCCGAUGAGCUGGCCGAAGAAGACCUUGAGGACCAAGAUGACACCUUGGGUCAAGAUUCAGUCCAGGUGCAAGUUGACGAGGAAGAAUAUCUCAGAAGCCCAGAUGCUGAGUCGGAAGUCCCGUACGCUGAUGCUGCAAAAACCUUUAUGGAAAUUCUCUUGCAAGGGUCGCUCUCUCAGCACAAUGACUACAAAAACAACCCAGUCCACUGCCCGUUAUGUGAGCAAGACGAAACCAUCCCUCGGAAGUUCAAGGACAAGAAAUGGAACAACCCAUCAAAACUUGCAGCCCAUAUGCAGACACCACUUCACACCCCAAAGGGUCUUUGGGAGAGACAGGCUGAGGAACUGGCUUCUCUGAGAGGGGAUGGAAGAUUUGAGUGCAGCUAUUGCAAGGAGAUCGGCGUGGAUGAGGACGAAUACCACUUCGCCAACCUCAGAGCUCUCUUCGUUCACGUCGAGAACGACACCAAAUUCACAAGACCCGAGGCAAAGCAUCAGCUCGAGAUGCACAAAGAACUAAAAGGGCGAGAUGGAUGGGGUGAACCUGGGUGGGCCGAGCAUCAGGGAGACGUCCGCAAAAGGAUUGUCAAGGAGGCCCGCGACUAUAGACUGAAACGAGACCUCCGGCCGUUUGAUUUCAACUACUCUGAUCACAAAGAGAUACCUGUUGGCAUUCCAGUUCAGAACAACCCGGGUAUUCUGAGAGGUGGUCCUGCUCCCAGUGUCUCGUCACACCCUGCUAAACGUGCCAGGCCUUACAGGCUUGAUGACAGCAUUCUGAGCUUCACAGAUUCACAGACUGAGAUCCCGCUUCAUCAACAGCAUCUCAUUAGAUCCACGCCAGUCUCUCAGAUAUCCGAGCUGCCCAGCUUCGCCACUGUUAUACCCGUUGCGCAUCGUCGUUUUAUUACGACAAAAAAACAUUCCUCUAGUUAAUCUGGCUGAGCUGCGCCGUCGACUCCUGACGCCAAGGCGACGAAAGAACGGAUACAUAAAGACUCAAUGCCACCAUCAUCACGACCAGAUGCAGCAAAAUAAACACCACGCUAUACACCAAGAAACAUCCCACCGCAUUAAGAAAAGCAUUCAAACAUCCGACGACAGCGACCUCAUGCAAUCGCAGUCAUCUCAUCAGGAGAGUGCACAAUGUUGGCUGACUUGCACUCGACCUUGCGAUCCGAAUAGGGGAGGCCGCUGCCCAUGGUCCAGUUCGGGUUCUGGUAAAAGUCCUGGGUGCAGUCGAGCGUAAGGUUGAUGAAGCCAAAAACAGAAAAGGUUACACUAUUCAUCACGAGGCCAAGGUCAGCAGACUGCUCUGCAUGGAGGCUACACAGCCUUAAAGACAAGGGAAAUGCGACUACUUACGGCCAUCCAUCCUCGGCCUCAUGGCAAGUCCAAGUCUGAUUGACCCUCAACCAAUUCGCAGCCCGGUUGAACUCAAACGUGGCCUCCCCACCUGUGCCGCCGCCCGCAAUUGCCCCCGUGGGCAGGUCGCACCGGUACGUCUGGUCGCCGUAGAAAAAGUCGGUGAGGCGCGAGCUGGUGGCGGAGCACUUUGAAACGGACGGGGCGAGCGCCUCGGUCGCCAGGUUGAAGUCGACCGAUCCCCACGCGUUCUGGUGCGCCGGGGUACUGUACGUCCAGCUCCCGCGGUAGACAAAGUCGCUGAUGGUCCACUUGGGCGGCGUCCACGACGAGGCCAGGCAGCCGACGGACGUGCUGUCGUUGAGGAUGCGAGGCUGCGGGUCGCGGCCUGUCGGGCGGCCGGGGAGGGGGUUGCUGGUUGCUAGGAGGGGGAGGAUUGUCAGGAGGAGGGUGAGCGUGGACGGCAUCUUGAUUGUGGAUGAAGGAUUAGGAUUAACAGUGAUGGUGGUCUAUGGAAGAUUAUGGCCAAAUUAGGGUUAGUUUGUAUGCUUGUAUGAGUAUCAAUUCGAGCUAUCAAGAAAUAUUCAGUAGCGG